AUGGGAGGAAACAAGCGCAAGCGCACAGAGGCUGGAUGUUCAGAUGACGAAGAUCCAGUAAGAAACAGCUCAGAUGCGAAUAGCUUUGGCGUUGCUCAAACGCUUUCGCUCCUAAACUCGGGCAAGACAAAGUCUCAGAACGAUAUCGACUCGGAAGAACCUGGGAAGGCGCAGGAUGAUAUGCCGAAGGAAAGAGCUUCGAAGAAGAAGCGCGUGGAUGGGGAGAAGACAAAAUACCCCGUCCUUACCUAUGUUGAAGGAAAAUUGCAAUCAUCCAUCCGGAUCUCCGAUCUCCAGAGUCUGCUACUCUACUGCUUUGCUGAUGGCGUCGCGCCGCAGUGGAUCUCAAUCAAACACUCUGGUCAUGUUAGGAAGAUUGUCGUGCUGAUGGUGCCUGGUCUGGAACUGGGCAUGUUCGAUGGCUUGCCGCUGGAGGACCGGUCACAUCGGUUCAAUCCUCGCCCUCUUUCGCGUGGUGACCUUCCGGCUCCCCUACAACCGCUAGCGGACAUGUUUCCUCACGCCUGGCCCGUAAAAGCCCCCGGUGAUUCCAAGUACAACAAGAUCCACUCUCCACUUCAAGCCAUACUUCUAUCUGCUCUACCGAAGGGCAAGGACAGUAACACGAAGGGAGUAAAACCUCCCAAGGUGGACAAGAGUAUCGCCUUCCAGCGUACACCAAUCACCACUUUUAUCAGUUCCCUGGAAGAUCUCCGGGAGAAUGACUAUGUGCUUCAUCCGGCUCUGCUCGCCACAGAACAAGAGAAGUCGACUUUGUUGGAAAACCACUCUGAAAUCCAGCAAGGCAGCAUGACCGCAGGCCGGGAUGUGCUAGCGUUGGAUUGCGAGAUGUGCAUAACUGAAGGUGGCCAAUCCGAGCUCACGCGCAUUAGCAUGGUCCGCUGGGAUGGUGAAGUCGUACUAGAUGAGUUGGUGAAACCCCAGCGACCUAUCAUCGACUAUUUGACUCGUUUCUCCGGUAUCACGAAAGAAUUACUCGAUCCUGUCACCACCACCCUUGCCGAUGUCCAGCAGAAGCUUCUCUCCCUCCUUACUCCUCGUACCAUUCUCGUCGGCCACUCUCUCAAUUCCGAUUUUAACGCCCUGAAACUCACUCACCCGUUUAUUGUCGACACCACAUUUAUUUACCCCCAUCCCCGCGGGCCGCCGCUCAAGUGCAGUUUGAGAUGGCUCACCCAGAAGUAUCUCGGAAAAGAGAUCCAGAAGGGCCAGACCGGCCAUGACUCGAUCGAAGAUGCGCGCGCAGUGCUCGAACUUGUGAAGCAGAAGUGCGAAAAGGGUGAGCGCUGGGGCACCAGUGAGGCAUCGAACGAGAGUAUUUUCAAGCGCCUCGCACGCUCCAUGCGUUCGGGGAAAUCGGCCACCAACGAAGGCCGCACCGGCGCUGUUGUCGACUGGGGCAACCCCGAGCGCGGCUUUGGGUCGCAGGCGACUGCGUCGAUCGGGUGCAGCAACGACACCGAUGUAGUAAAUGGCAUCUCGAAGGUAGUCAACGGCGACGACAGCAACCCCUCCAUUCCCGGAGGUGGUGUUGACUUCACAUGGGCUAGGUUGCGUGAGCUUGAAGUUUAUCGCGGCUGGUGCAAUCGGAUGCCCGACCCCAACAACGCCAACGAGUCGACGACGCUCGUUCCCCCUCCUGAAGAAACGACUCCGACAUCCGCCGCCGUCUCCCCCACCAAAGAAGCCACUCGCAACCUCGCCGACACCGUCUCUCGUACCGUCUCCAACAUCCACCAAAUCUACCAAUCCCUCCCACCUUGCACGUUAUUCCUUGUCUACUCUGGUACCGGAGAUCCCCGCGAAGUCAGCCGCCUCCAAGCCAUGCACAAGACCUUCCGCGAAGAAUUUAACUCCCGCAAACCGUGGGAUGAGCUGACCGUCAAAUGGACCGAUACUGAGGAGCAGGCGCUCAAGAAGGCCUGUGAGCGAGCCAGAGAAGGCUGCGGGUUCAUGCAGCAGACCGGGUUCAGGAUACAGGUCCUGGUGGUUUGGUUCGCUUAUUGGGAAUGCCUUUCGAGGCUUCUUGCGGAGGUUCCCCAUGCUUUGAACUCUAGAUUAUGGUAUCUACAUUCUAUCACGAACAAAAAGGCACAGGACAUACUGAAGCGAUCUCAAAAUCGGACAUUUUUGAAUUGGUUGGUUAAAAUUGGGCUGAACCACAUCCAGUGUGGGGAUAUCAUUGUGCGGAAAGCUAGACUGGCAAUCUCAGCCCAGUGGGGAAAUGUAUCAAAGGGGGGCGCCAUGAAAGAGCUAGUAAAUAGUAAGGCUGCGGGUGAUCCCUAUAGAGACCUGUGUAGGGAAAAAAGAAAAGAAAGGGGGCCACUUUUUGUACAAACACAUGAAAGAAGAAAAGAGAAGGGACGUCACAUCACCCAAGGAUAG